AUGCUGGUUGCCUUGCUCACCAUCAUAGUAUUACAGCAGUGGUUGCAUUUAGCUUAUAGUACCGGCCAAAAUUUUUUCAAGGAGGAGCCCAGAAAUCAGAGUGUAUUAAUUGGCGAAGAUGUGCUCCUAAAAUGUUCUGCUUAUCAAUCAACAUUGGUUAGCCAGUGGCGAAAUAAUGAUGGCAGUCUUCUGGGUUUUCACGAUGCAGGGAAAUUAGCAGGACAUGAAGGUCGAUACAGUUAUGUGACCCAUAGUCCAGAUGAAAAACAUUUGAAAAUUGAAAAUGUGACAUUGAGAGACGAUGGCUUGUUUGAAUGUCAAAUGAUACAUCCCAGCCUGGGUGCUUAUCGAACAUCUGCCUCCGUCAAUGUCUUAGUGCCUCCGGAAAAAGUUGCUAUUAUGGAUGUUGAUCCCGGUUCCGUUAUUAAUGUUGUCGAAGGAUAUAAUUAUAAUUUGAGUUGCUUGGCAGCUAAUGGGAAGCCCCAUGCAAUCAUAAAUUGGUAUAUUAAUGGGAAAAAGUUUGACGACAGUGUUAAACGAUGGACAGAAAUGAAUACAAAUCGUACAGUCACUGCUUUCGCAACUCUCUCCUGGAAGCCUCGAAGAAGUGAUAUUGGAACGAUCCUCACUUGUGAAGCUGUUCAUCCGUCAACUUCUAGUCAGUUCAGAAUAAAUGUCACAUCGAAUGUUCUAUACCCUUCAGAAGUGCCAGAGAUAAAUAUUUUGAGUCAACCUGAUCUUAUAAAACCUGGCGAUAAUAUCACUUUGAAAUGUUCAGUUAUCGGUGGCAAUCCACCACCCAGACUUCUUUGGUUUUUUCAUCGAAACCUUAUUGAUAGCAAUUAUACAUAUGAUGAAUCAACGAAAGAAACUGUCAAUAUUUAUUCUGUGGUAGUUGAUGCAAAUGAUAAUGGUGCUGUGUAUGAAUGUCAGUCAACAAAUUUGGCCAAUGAUGAACCUCUUUCUGAAGGCAUUCGUCUUUCUGUUUCAUAUGCUCCUCUCAGCGUUGAAAUAUCCGGCGAAACAACUACACGAACUGGGCGCAUAAUUGCAGUGCAAUGUAGAACGGGGUUAGCUAACCCAGCAGCCAAAAUUUCUUGGCUACUGAACGGACAAGCAGUACAGUCAAUGAGUCAUUCAUAUUUGGAGCAGACUACCGGUAUUAUUACAGUUUCAAAUCUAACCGUAAGUCCAACUGAUGUAAAUGUCAUUAAACAUCAAAUUAAUGUUCAAUGUAUUGCCAUGAAUGAUGAAGGAACAACAAGCAAACAACUCGUUAUUCGCAUUCUGUCGCCGCCCACGGAACCUGUUAUUUAUGGGUUUGAAGGGAUGACGCUUCUGGAAGGUGAGACUUUGAAUCUUACAUGCGAAUCUCAGGGAGGUAAUCCACUCGCGACGCUGACAUGGUUCAGGGGUAUCGAAAAGCUCAGAGGAACAAGGAGUGCUGCAUCGGAUGACAUUUCACAAAGUGCCAUAUCAGUUCUCCUUGAUCGUACAAUGAAUAAUCAGCAAUUAAAAUGCGAAGCCAGUAAUGGAGCACUGGAUGAACCGCUUGUUAUCGCAAAAACCUUGACCGUUUUAUUUCCACCACGACGAGUUACUGUGCGUCAAGAUGAUCGAAGCAGGCGACUGAUUGUAGCGGGAGAAAUCACGAAACUUUUUUGUUUGGUCCAUUCUUCAAAUCCUGUUGCGGAAUUAAUGUGGACUUUCCCAAUUGUUGCCAUUCCCGGAUUUUUGUUUGAGGAAAAGCGCAAUAAUCGAUCCAAUCAAGAAUAUGGUGGAUAUGAAGUUGAAAGUGUUGUUGAGUUCGUUCCAACAGAAGAGAUGGAUGGCGGUGAAGUUCGGUGUACUGCAUCGCAUCCACAAUGGAUUGAACAGAAAGUUGCGGUAUAUCCAUUGAAUGUUCUUUUUGCUCCACGAAUGAUAGUAGAUGGACCUUUAUCAAUUGUCAUCGGUGAGGGUGAUGAUUUCAAAGAAAAUUUGACAUUACGUGCUAAUCCACCAGUGAGUACUUGGAGAUGGCGAAAAGAUGGUUCGCAUUUUGAACAUGUGGUCGGGGCUAUCACAGCCAGAGGGUCUAUCUUAUCUGGACGUUCAGUCACCAGAUUUGACAGUGGUCUUUUUACGCUUGUAGCAGGAAACAGUGUUGGCACGGUCAAUGUUACAGUCCAUGUGACUGUGGAAUAUGCAGCGUACGUGACGCAUAUAACGUCACCAGUAGUGGCGUCCGUUGGUGAGGAAGUAGUUAUGGAAUGUGAAGUAGAUGGCGUUCCUAGGCAUGAUGGUAUGGUAAGCUGGUUACGUGGGGAACAAAUUAUUGGAGGAGUAUCAUUUGUUGGACAAACCAGAGCUGUUAUGCGACUUAAUGCUUCAUUUGAAACAAGUGGUGCUUAUACCUGUGUUGCCGAUAACGGAAAAGGGAUGGCAAAUCGCACUAUGGCUUAUCUAUUGGUGAACCGUGCACCAGCAAUCAUUAGGCAACCAUCGCUUUUGCGAGCAGCUGGACCUUUGGGCGGACGAGUGCAACUACGCUGUAGAGCACAUGCAGUUCCAGAUGCUCAUUUCCAGUGGAUCGUUCAGGGCCAGUCGAGUCCAGUCCGGCGUAAUAGUACUAAAUAUUCCUUCAAAACCCUUCAGUUAAAUUAUUCCACAUUUGAGGGCGUGCUUUAUAUUUCUUCCCUGGAUCGUUAUGAUUAUCAGCAUCCAGUAAAAUGUUUCGCGAUAAAUAGAUAUGGAGAAGAUACCGUUGAGAUCCGGGUUAGUCCACCAGCAGCUCCAGACACUCCGGUCUCAUUACGAGUUUCAAAUAUUACAAAAAAUUCUUUAUCGUUUAACUGGAUUCCUGGUUUUGAUGGAGGCUCGGAACAAAUAUUUGAAGUGCGUUAUCAGGCAUCCACGGAAAACGUUUAUCAUAUCGUUAAUUCGUCAUUUCCGGAGAUAGAAAUUCGGGGACUGGAACCAGCUUGUCUGUAUGAAAUCUCAAUCCGGGCACGGAAUAAACGUGGCAUGGUAUCAGAAUUUUCUCGGCCGCCUAUUAUUGUGUACACAAAAAAUGAAUACGGAAUGGAUGUUGUUAAUAUGGCGAAGAAAGAUUCUUUCCCUGUAUCAGUAAUCGUGGUAUUUGGUGUAUGCUGCGUAAUUCUGCUAGUAAUAAAUUGCUUUCUACUCUGUUACAUGCAUCGACGAAAACGGAGGAGGAAAAUGCAAGAAAAAACGGAGAUGAUACGAAAUGCUAAUAAUAGUGGCUCAGAUGUUAGGCUGGUACAGAUGUAUGGGGCAUUAACAAAUGUUGAAAAUCCAUGUAGGCCGGAUUCGACCAAUACAAACAGAAGUGAAUUGGGUCACAAACCAGAUUCCGACGAUGGCCAGAGUUUGCGAACAAUGAUUGAGGUUAGUCCAAACGGAUAUGUGCAGCAAAUGGAUCCAGUUAAUUACUAUGAGCGGGAAUGUUUGGUUGAAUAUGAAUUCGAUCCAAAUCUGUAUGGUGAUGUUAUCAAAUCGAAUACGUUACGAGGGUCACCGCAUAAUUGCGCCAAUUUUCGCUAUCGUAAGGUGUCAGAAAAUGGUGAUACAUCAGUCAGUUUUACGGAUGGAGGCUCAUUGUCGCUGGUGACAGAUGUAAAUAAUAUUGAUUCUCCAGGUCGAAUACGUAAGCCACGUAUCAUUGAUGCCAAUUCUUCAACCAAUUUGCUGACAAAUAAUAACACCACUCCGCAAAUGUUGAGCACAUUUUUGCAUCGCGGUGGAAUACAUACCACUCCAUUUAAUUUUACACAUGUUGACGGUGACCUUGUAUAA